AUGAGACUGGCCCGCGAGGGGCGCGAGAUCCGUAGCCCGGGCGGCACACUGCGGAGGCGGAGAGCCGUGCUGCAGCUCCGGAGCCUGGGAGCUGCCAGCGGGAGGCGGCGGCGAGAACUUGAACUUGGAGUCCAGAGCGGGCGCCCCGGACGCCCCCCGCCGGGGCCGGGGCGCCGAGGGGCCUGGGCGGCGGCGCUCCCCGAAUGGCCGCGGCAGCGGACGGAGUUCCCGCGCCACGGCCCUAGGUGGCCUCUCGCCAUGGCAAAGUGGCUGAACAAAUACUUCAGUUUGGGAAACAGCAAGACCAAGAGCCCCCCGCAGCCGCCGCGGCCCGACUACCGAGAGCAGCGGCGCCGGGGCGAGCGGCCCUCGCAGACCCCCCAGGCCGUGCCGCAGGCCCCCGCGGCCGCCUCGGCGUCCUGCGGUCCGGCCGCCGCCUCCUGCUUCGCGGCCUCGUCGGGCUCGCUGCCCGACGACAGCGGCAGCACGAGCGACCUCAUCCGCGCCUACCGCGCGCAGAAGGAGCGCGACUUUGAGGACCCCUACAACGGGCCUGGCUCGUCGCUGCGCAAGCUGCGCGCCAUGUGCCGCCUGGACUACUGCGGCGGCGGCGGGGAACCGGGCGGGAGCCAGCGCGCCUUCUCGGCCUCGUCCGCGUCGGGCGCCGCCGGCUGCUGCUGCGCCUCGUCGGGCGCAGGCGCCGCCGCGUCCUCGUCCUCGGGCUCCCCGCACCUCUAUCGCAGCAGCGAGCGAAGGCCGGCCACGCCGGCAGAGGUGCGCUACAUCUCCCCCAAGCACCGCCUGAUCAAGGUGGAGAGCGUCGCGGGCGGGGGCGCCGGGGAUCCUACAGGGGGCGCCUGCUCCGGCGGCCGCACCUGGAGCCCGACGGCCUGCGGAGGCAAGAAACUGCUCAACAAGUGCGCUUCAGCCGCGGAGGAGAGCGGAGCCGGCAAGAAGGAAAAGGUGACCAUAGCCGACGACUACUCGGAUCCCUUUGAUGCCAAGAAUGAUGUCAAGAGCAAAGCGGGGAAGGGCGAGAGUGCUGGCUACAUGGAGCCGUAUGAAGCCCAGAGGAUCAUGACAGAAUUUCAGAGGCAGGAAAGCGUCCGGUCCCAGCACAGAGGCAUCCAACUCUAUGAUACCCCUUACGAACCAGAAGCCCAAAGCAUCGACUCUGACUCGGAGAGCACAGUCAGCCCCCGACUGCGGGAGAGCAAGCUCCCCCAGGACGACGACAGGCCUGCUGAUGAGUACGACCAGCCCUGGGAGUGGAACCGAGUCACCAUCCCAGCUCUAGCAGCCCAGUUUAACGGCACCGAGAAGCGACAGGCCUCCCCCUCACCUUCCCGGGACCGGCGACGCCAGCUUCGAGCUCCUGGAGGAGGCUUCAAGCCCAUCAAACAUGGGAGCCCCGAGUUCUGUGGGAUCCUGGGAGAAAGAGUGGACCCUGCUGUCCCCCUGGAGAAGCAGAUAUGGUAUCACGGAGCCAUCAGCAGGGGCGACGCCGAGAGCCUCCUGCGACUCUGCAAGGAGUGCAGCUACCUGGUGCGGAACAGCCAGACGAGCAAGCACGACUACUCCCUGUCCCUGAAGAGCAACCAGGGUUUUAUGCACAUGAAACUGGCCAAAACCAAAGAGAAGUAUGUUCUGGGUCAGAACAGCCCCCCGUUCGACAGUGUCCCGGAAGUCAUCCAUUACUACACCACCCGGAAGCUGCCCAUCAAAGGGGCCGAGCACCUGUCCCUGCUCUACCCCGUGGCUGUGCGGACCCUGUGA